ACAUCAACUUCUCAGCUCAGGAGGAUAUUUGCUCUUGCUAAUAGCUCUUGCCUACCGUAGAUAAUAUCACUAGCCUUUUUAUAAAUGCAUUAAAGGUCUGUCAAGCAAUUAUGAAGACUGAAGCUCAGCGUAGAUCCCAGAGUCCCCGGUCAAAUCUCAGAGAGAUGUUGCAACUUCUCCAAACACGCAGAACACGCAGAGAGCUCGUGUCGUUUCUGUUGGAACAUGACUGAACCUGAUAUCAUGAGACCAACAGCCUGUUUGAGUUUCUUUAAUACAAAUAGUGUUUAAAUGACAGAGUAGAAUAUACUGAUGGAGAAAACUUACUCUUUCAUUUCUUGCUCAGAGAGCGUCUGGUGUGCUGAUAUUGGGAACUUCCUGAAUGCUGGAUAAAAUGGAGUUGGAGGCUCUGCGCUCUAUCUAUGAAGGAGAUGACUGCUUUAAAGAGCUCAGCCCUGUCUCUUUUCAGUUCAGGAUAGGAGAUCUUGAUGACUCCAGAUCCUUCCUGCUAGAAGUGUCCUGGGCAGAGAACUAUCCUGAAACUGCCCCGCACAUUUCAUUAGAUUCUUUUUUCAACAACAGAAUAUCCCUGGAGACAAAGCAGUACAUUCUCUCGAAAUUGAGUGAACAGGUAGAGACCAACCUGGGUACUGCCAUGAUGUACACGCUCUUUGAGUGGGCUAAAGAGAACCAGGAAACACUCAUGGAAAACCACCAGCCUGUGACAUCUGCUGUGACCCUGAUAUCCAACAUCGAUGUCAUGAAUAAUUCCACCACUGCCAGUAAGAAGAAGGAGAAGAAAGAGCAACUAACCAAAGCACAGAAGAGGAAACUGAUUGGAAGAACAGAUAAUAAGGGUGAACUGCCAAGAGGUUGGGACUGGGUAGAUGUUGUUAAGCAUGUAAGCAGUUUGUGUAUAAAAUAUACAUGUAUUUAGUGCCCCAAAAGAAGUAUUUGCACUCUAAGCUGAGCAAAACUGGAGGAAAGUGUGAAGAUUAAAGAAAUGAGAAGAAUCAAUGGAUUGAAAUGUGUGGAUGAAAAAUUCUCUCUGGCCAUGAUUUCAAUUCACUUGGAGCUGCCACAUAGCUGAUUUGACCCUGAGUGCAAGAAGCUCUGCCAUUACAAAGACACAUGUCCUCAGAUCCACGCUAGUCUGUGCUAAAUCAGCUGAGCCAUACGUGAACAUCAUGAGGUGUGUGAGAAGAAAACAAACACAGGUUUAAAUGUUUGUAUUUUUGGAUCUGGUAGAACAGUUGUGUGUGACUUAAUAAACCUAACAGCAGUGUUAUGUUUCAUCUAGUGAAAAUUCCUUUUACAAAUUGUACAAUGGGUAGUUUAAAGGUGCAAUCCGAUAUGUGCUGUCAGGGGGUACUGUAAUAAAACAAGUAUUAUUUCG